AUGGCAGGAAACAAUCCUGGAGGGGGGAGUUACCCAUUAGACGACCAUGUGAAGAGCGUGGCGCGCGAUCUACAGCUCAGGUUUGCGCAGAUGUCAAACCGGGAUCAGAAAUUUGACCUACAAGUCAUACCCGAUCUUCUAUCACAACCAGUAGCCCCCGAGCCGCCCGCCAAAGACGACAAGGAGGCCCAGAACUUCGAAAAAUACCUAAUAGCAAUGUCUCAUAUACCAUUAAACUACGAGAAUCCCGGCCUACUCGACGAAGCCUUGCAGCAGAUCCCACUCGACAGGCUAUCACAAGAAGCAGAAGAGGAGGUGGAACUUUUCCAAGCGAAAGCCGCAAGCCUGGGGAAAACAAGACCGGAAUGGAGUCAUCAGGAGUGUAUGGUCAGGGCUCUGCUUAGGUGGUUUCGCCGAUCAUUCUUCACCUUUGUGAAUAAUCCUCCAUGUUCCGAAUGUCUGUCACCUACGAAUAAAAUUCGCAAUGUUGCGCCUACACCAGAAGAGAGAGCUCAUAGUGCGACAUGGGUCGAGUUAUACCAAUGCGUAACCUGCGGGGCAUUUGAACGAUUUCCGCGAUAUACGGAGGCGUGGCAACUACUACGAGUAAAGCGUGGAAGGGCUGGUGACUUCGCCAACGUCUUCACCAUGCUUUGCCGAGCUCUUGACAUCCGAGCUCGCUGGGUAUGGUGCCAGGAAGACUACCUGUGGACGGAAAUCUACUCGGAGCAUCAACAACGAUGGGUCCACGUCGACAGUUGCGAAGAGGCAUGGGAUAUGCCCCACAUGUACUACAAGAACUGGGGGAAGAAGAUGUCCUACGUUAUCGCCUUCUCUCGCGAGGGCGCGGUUGACGUUACCAGGCGGUAUGUAGGGUCACCAGAUGCCCUGCUCCCACGGAAACGCUGCUCAGAAGGCGUCCUCAAGUUCAUCAUGGAGGAGAUCACAAAUCUUCACCGACCAAGGUACGCCCCGGACGGAGAGACCCGCCUGCGGCUCUACCGUGAGGAUGUAGCAGAGGACGUGCAGCUCCGAUCCUUGUGGGCGGCUACCCUUGAACAGAGCCGGAGGUUGAAGGCUGCGGCGGCGGCGGCUGCUAGGGGCGGCCGCAGCAGCCCCGACAAGAACGGCGCCAACAGGAUGGGCUCGCCAGCGACAGGUGACAUUAAACGGCCCAUUCCUGAGGAUGCACCUGUUCCUGAUGUCCCUUCACUCUGGCCGACGUAUGGACCUUGA